UGGAGUACGGUUGCUGCUGAAUGGAGACGGGACACAGACACGGACACGGACUCCAAAACUUGAUUCGCUCUGUGCCGCUGUGUUUACAAUUCGAGUCGAGAGCUGUGUAAGCGACGUGCCUCCAAAAUCAGAGACAAGUCAACGUCCGGGUGCGAGUGCAGUGACGGGAACGGACUACGGAAUACGGAAUAUUGUCACCGGGAACGGUACAGGGGAUCGGGGAUCGACCUCGCCGCUUGGUAAUUUGGUGCGUUUGCGUGCCAGUGGCAGUGCCAGUGCCAGUGACAGUCGAGAGAGUUUCAAGACGCUUCGAGUCAGACUAGUCGCUGGAUGAGUCUCCGUUCGCGUCAUCGAAUUAUUAUAAUUAGCAUAGUUGGGGGGGACAUAGCCGCAGGCAGAUAAACGGCAUCGGAAUUUGUCGCAGCUAGUGGAAAUUUUGUGAAAACAAAAGCCGCUUUCGUAAGGGGAAAAGUUCCAGUUCCAGCAAACGCACAGGAAUAUGCCCGACUCCGAUAUCGAAUCGGAGAUCCUGGCCAGCGUCAGCGCCAGCGCCACCGACGACGACAACGGGCCACUGUGGACGGCAGGGAAUGUGAGCCAACUGCUGGGACCGGCACGCGAUCCGCUGUCAAUUGUGGUGCCGGUUACGGUCGUCUACUCGCUGAUCUUCCUCAGCGGCGUGGUGGGCAACAUCAGCACCUGCAUCGUGAUCAAGAAGAACCGCUCGAUGCACACGGCCACCAACUAUUACCUCUUCUCGCUGGCCAUCUCCGAUUUCCUGCUGCUGCUCUCGGGCGUGCCGCAGGAGGUGUGGUUCAUCUGGUCCAAGUAUCCGUACGUCUUUGGCGAGUACUUCUGCCUGGGACGCGGUCUGCUGGCCGAAACCUCGGCCAAUGCCACCGUCCUGACCAUCACCGCCUUCACCGUGGAGCGCUACAUAGCCAUUUGCCACCCGUUCCUGGGGCAGGCCAUGAGCAAGCUGAGUCGUGCCAUCCGCAUCAUCGGUCUCGUCUGGGCCCUGGCCGUGCUCACAGCCAUCCCGCAGGCUGCCCAAUUCGGCAUCAACAGCUACGCGGGCGUGGACAAGUGCGUGGUGGUGCGCGUCAUCGUCGAGCACUCGUUCCAGCUCUCCACCUUCAUCUUCUUCUUUGCGCCCAUGUCCAUCAUCUUUGUGCUCUAUCUGCUGAUCGGCUUGCAGCUCUACCGCUCCAACCUGAGCGAUGGCCCGGCCCCAGCUCUAGCUCCAUCUCGGAGACCACAGCUGAAGAAUGUGCAAUCGGACACCAUCCUGUACCGCUACGCGGGCUCCAACUCUGCGGUGAACAUCAAUGGCGGCGGCUCGGGCGCCCAGCUGAGCUCCGUGCGGGGCCGACUCAAUCACUAUGGCACACGGCGUGUGCUGAGGAUGCUCGUUGCUGUGGUGGUCUGCUUCUUUAUUUGCUGGGCCCCCUUCCAUGCCCAGCGUCUGAUUGCCAUCUAUGCCCCCGCCCGUGGCGCUAAGCUGCACGAACAGCACGAACUCCUCUACACGGUGAUGACCUACAUCUCCGGUGUGCUCUACUAUCUCUCCACCUGCAUCAAUCCGCUGCUCUACAACAUCAUGAGCAACAAGUUCCGCGAGGCCUUCAAGGCCGUGCUCUUUGGCAAGAAGUUGUCAAAGGGUUCGCUGAACUCCCGCCAUCACAUCGAGUCGCAGCGAUUGAGGAGAGCUCACAACUCCUCCAGCCAGACGCAACGCGUCUCCAUAGAGUCGGCGGAGGCGCAACAGUCGAAACAGCCACUAACACAGACCCCGCUGCAUGAUCGUCUGGCCCUGGCCAAGCCGCAGCUCGCCUCCCAGUAUGCCAUGAUCAAUGCCCAGAGCAACUAGAGGCGGACUGGAGGCGGUAACUCAAUCUCCAUCUAGCUCACCGCGCCGCUUGCAUCCUAAUGCUAAUUUAUUUGAAUAUUAUUUAAGCCAGAUUCUUAGUUAGCCACUUGUUUUUGUCUUUACUGAUUCCACUGCUAUGGCCUGCUGCUGCUGUUGCUGUUGCCACCAAAGCGUUUUAGUACAACCUGCAUUUGCAUUAAUUUGCCUUGCAAUUAGACCUUAAUUACUCUCUAUCUCUGUCUAUAUAUUUAACUACUAUAAAGAUUUUCAUUCAUCCAGAUUCAGAUUCAGUUUCAGAAUCACAACCAAAGUCAGUGUCAGAGCUAGUCUUUCGAGCAUUAAGAUUUACGGCUAUUUACUUUUAAGAAUAGUAUUCAAUGUGCUUUGCUCUCUACAAUUAACUUAAUGGCAACACGCCUAGUGGGCAUUAACACUGGAAAGUAAAGCUUUUCCAACUCAAGAAUAAUUCUAUAAUAUAUAAAGCAACUAAAGCUUCGAGAUAUGUCUAAGUAAAUAUGCUUAAAGCAAACGAAAAAA